GUUCAAACCAUCGUCUUCCCGAGUUUUAAUUCCAGCUCUAUCAGCUUGAUUCGCCACAUAUCGCACACAAUACCUCAGGCUACAUAUAUACUAGCUCAAAAUCCGUGGCUUGUUCCAAUAGCACAUCGAACGAGCUACCUGCUCAACGGCAAAGAAACGCCCUUACGAAAAAGACCUCAACCCUGUCGUUCAAACCCGUCUUCCGGAGGAUCCUCUCGCCCGACCUGAAAAGACGAUUGAGAGAGAUGACCGCCGUCGUGGAAGCACAAACUGCUGCGAUCUCGUCUUCGAACGGGAAUGGAAAUGGGAAUGGGAAUGGAGCUGCAGCUAUAGCAGGAGCAAAUGGGGCGACUGGGGGAAUCGGGACAAAGUUGCAUGGGUAUGCGUUCUACGAGAGUAUAGGACGGCCAAAGUUCGUCAUCGCGCCCAUGGUGGAUCAGAGCGAGUUGGCAUGGAGAGUCCUCUCCCGUCAACCCAUCCCACCGACUUACCGCCCUGAUCUUCAAGUUCAAGCCGUAGCGUCCAGCUCUACCUCUCCUCCUGCUACCUCAACCUUGAUCUCAACAACUCCUACUGCCUCAACCUCAACACCCGCUACAAACUCUCAAGAAGACUCGACAACCGCGACCGCAACCAAGACAAAGACAAAGACAAAGGCCCCCCUCCUCCCCACCGGCCACCCUAUCGGAGGAGCCCAUCUCGUCUAUACGCCCAUGAUCCAUGCGAGGCUGCUUGUCGAACGGGAGGUCGUUCAGGGGAAGAGGGAUGAGGAGGCUUUUAAUCGGGUUUUCGGCGAAGAAGGGUCUAAGGAGAACUUGGUCGGGCUGGACGUUGGCGAUCGGCCGUUGUUCGUACAGUUUGCGGCCAACGAUCCGGAUGUGCUGUUACAAGCUGCAAAGCUGGUAGAGAAGCAUUGUGAUGCGGUGGAUAUCAACUUUGGCUGUCCUCAGGGUAUCGCAAAGAGAGGGAAUUAUGGGAGUUUCUUGCAGGAUGAUUGGGAUACGAUAUACAAGAUGAUCAACAUCCUGCACAGGAACCUCUCUAUCCCCGUCACCGCCAAAUUCCGGAUAUUCAAGGACGUCAACAAGACGAUCGAAUAUGCCAAGAUGAUGGAGAGCGCCGGGGCGAGUAUAUUGACUUGUCAUGGGAGGACGAGGGAGAUGAAGGGGCAGAUGACGGGUCUAGCAGAUUGGCAGCAGAUCAGAGCGGUCAAGCAGGCUGUUAAGGUGCCGGUCUUUGCAAAUGGAAACAUCCUGUAUAGGGAGGAUGUCGAUCGGUGUAUCGAGUUGACCGGGGUGGAUGGCGUGAUGACCGCCGAGGGUAACCUUUCAAAUCCUUGCUUAUUUGUGCCUGAGACCUCACCGCUGUCGCACCCACCAUCCUGGAUCGUGGCCAACCAUUAUCUGGAUAUCGUGGAAAAGCUCAAGACGCCCACGUCUAUGUCCGCCAUCCGAGCACACAUGUUCAGGAUGCUGAGAGCAGGAAUCGAGAAGCAUACCGACGUUCGAGCGCGUCUAGCUUCAGGGUCGGGGAGCCUGGCGUUCUACCGUAGUAUCGUCGAGGAGCUGCGGCCGUUGUUGGAGAAGGACAUGGAGGAAGAACCGAUAGCGGAAUUCCCCCUGCCGUGUCACCCGGAGACUGGGUUGAAACGGAUACCUGUCUGGGCAGCUCAACCGUAUGUGAGGCCACUGCCGGCAGGGACAUACAAAGCCAUCAAGGACGCGAAUUCGAGAUCGGCAGAGGGGACUUCGACGCCAGGGGUACUAGAGGAUAUGCUUACCGGCGGGACCGGUGAGGAAAGGGUCAUCGCGCAAGACGGUACUGCGGCGGGACUCGCCCAACCCCUUCUACCGGAAGCUAUAAAUUGCAUGAUCGGCGGCGACCCCGAAUGCAAGAACAUUGCCGCCGCCAACUGCCCAAGAACGGCUUGCUUGACGCAUUGCCGCGCUCAGGGUGGUCUCGAGGCGGGUCGUGCGGAAACGUUGGCCGACGCUGUCAAGCUCGCUCAGGGCGGCAAAUUGACAGGACUCGGAUGCGAGGGUCACGAGGAAAAGGACCGCGCUAGAAAACAGCGCAAGGCAGAACAGAAGAAGGCAUAUCAGGAGCACAAGGCCAUGCGAAGGACUAAACGGAAUCGCGCCAAGAGCGUGGAAGGGGACGAUAAACCGGACGCGAAGAAGGUCAAGGUGAACGAGGUCCAGCCGGAGGAAGAGGAGGUCAACAAUGUAUAACAGCAAAGCGGUGAAGUACAAGGAAUAGUUGUACCGUAAUACAGUCACGAUUCCUCUUCCCACAGCGAUCAGUGUGCGCGCGCCUCCUGAGGCUUGAGUCCCACCAGAUCCAUGAGCUGUCUGGUUCGAUUAUGGAUUUUUGUGGCCCAUCUCAGCUGUACGAACAGGGUCCCCAUAGCGUUACCAGAAUUUCCCUGAUCCAAGAUUGCUUUGGCAUAACUGCUGCAGUCUCGGAGGGAGUCGUCUAUCAAUGUCUGAGCUUGUUGUC